AUGGCUGAUCAUCUACUUCGAAAGGUCAUGUCAAAAGAUCCAGAAGAGUAUUUUGCUUUCCCAGUCACACCGUCAAUUGCGCCGGACUAUCAUACCAUCAUAGCUCAUCCAAUGGACUUCUCUACAAUGCGGCAGAAAAUCGAAGACAACGUCUAUGAGACGAUCACGGAGAUGCGAACCGAUGCGGAGCUGAUUGUGUCAAAUGCGCUAACGUACAAUAAUCCGAACACAGUCUAUCAUCUGGCCGCCACACGACUUUCUGCGAUCGUGAAAUACUACUUUUCGGAGCAAUAUCUUCGCUACAUUUUCCAUACACUCCCUUUCGCGAACCAAAUACCGUUGGAGAAAGCUGGACUUGCACCUCUUGCUGUGACCGCGCACAAACAAGAAAAUCGACGUCGCCAAGUUCUUAUAGAUGAUAUGAAUGGUGAAGAUUGUCUCAAAGCUGCUGAGCCCGCUGUUCGAUCGAAGCUUUCGGUUCGCUUACCGAAUGCCAAAUUUGGAUUCCUGGACAACAAGGAUGGAGCCACUGUUUUGAAUGUGAUUGGUGAAACGGAUCGGAAGUGCUUGAAACUUGGUGACAUUGUUGGACCGCUGGACGAGGGCACGCCUGGAAUGUUGAGUCUUGGAGAUCACAGGUUAUCUGGGCAAUCUAUGAUAACGUAUCUCAAUUAUGGACCAUUUUCUUCAUUUGCUCCUCAAUAUGAUUCUACAUGGGCCACGCUUACCAAGCGAGACUCGGAUCUGCUGUUGAGGUUUGGUUUAUCUAUUUCAGUUUUUCGUUGCUAG